AUGGCUGCUGAAAGCUUGUGCUCACUUUUAAUCCAUGAAGAUGUCAACAUUUAUGAUGCUAUUAGUUCAGUAAAUUUUGCAAAAAUACUUGCUAAUGGUACUUCUGAUGCUGUUAGAGUAUCACUUGUCAAUCGUAUUACUUAUGGUUAUAUAACACCAAUUAUUAUAUCUUUUGGUAUUAUCGGAGAUAUAAUGACGGUUGCAACACUAACGCAUCCAUUGUUAAGGCGAUCUACUAUUAUUUACACGUACCUCACGUUAUUAGGUGUUACUGAUUUGGCAAUUAGCUUGCAAUCAACUCUUAUUUCUGUCAUACCUAUGAUUCUGUGGUUGCUUGACUGUCGUUUCUGCUCUUACCAAUCAGCACUUUACUAUGCUCAUAUUGGCUUCCCUUUGGCGAAUGCAUUUAUGGGUGCGAGUGUUUGGAUUUUAGUGUUUUUAACAAUGAGCCAGUUUAUGGCUGUUUGCCAUCCAUUUCAUUACUGUUACCUCAGGUCACGAAAAAUGUGCUUUUUGUUAGUUCUCAUAGCAUAUGUAAUUAAUUUUUGUAUUUAUGCUCCAUGGGCUGUGAAAAAGGUUCUUUAUGAAGUACCAUAUGGUAUUGCUCCAUGUCAGUUUGUCAUAUGUGACCGUAAAAUUGAAAGUUGGUAUAAAAUAUAUGAAUGGUGCCGUGAAACGAUAAGUCGUUUGUUACCUUUUGUCUUGGUGGCCUAUUUUAAUUCAAAAAUUUUAAUUACAUAUCGAAAUACAAAAAAAGACCGUUUUCAACGAUUAGCCUCCAACAAACAAAAAAUUUCGAUUAAAAGUGAACAAGAAGAAAGACGAUUAUUUAAAUUAUUAUUCUCGAUAAUAAUAAUAUUUUUUGUUUGCACAAUACCUGCAGCUCCACUAACGAUAUUCGUUUCUGAUAAGCAAUCUUUUAAUUUACCAUUUCAGGUUAGACAUUCUGAAUUCAGCUUGCCAAUUUAA